AAAGAAUUCUUGCAUUAGAAUAAUCGUCUGUUAUAUUUGUUGCAGUGAAGUUGGCCACACAUACAUUCACUAACAAAUUCACGCUUUUGUCUUCCGGAGUAUCACCCAUGUUUAAUUUCUAUUUUUAUAUUAUUAUAUAUGUAUCCAUUUCUAUUUCAUUAUAUAUAUAUUUUUAGAUGAUAAAGAGUACAAAGAAGAAGCUAAGCAACCGCAGCCGGAAAUGCUGUUGCAGCUGCAGCAGCAGGUACAACAACUGCGGUUGCGGACGCAGCCGCAGGAACCGCGGAAACCGCAGCCGGACCUGCUGCUGCAGCUGCAGCAGCAAAUACUGGAUAUACAAAAAAACCUCGAAAUGUUAAAACAAGGAAAACAUGAUGGAUAUAUCACGGCACAGGCACAGCGGUCGCAGCUGUUACACUUGUACGAGCCUGAUGAGCCAAAAGAGCAUAUAUCAAUCAGGUCCAUAGAGCGGCUGCGAAUUCGAAAGAUGCGCAGAACAUUAAACCGGCUGCGGCGGCAGAAAAUGCCACUACAAGGUCGCGGUCGCGGUCGUGAAAGAACAGGAGCUGUAAUUAAUUAA